AUGUCUGGGCGCACUCUCUACAGUAACACCACCAACUCUACAGUUGAGCCUGGGCUUUGGAGCCCAACUGUCGACAAUCUGCUGAGGAUCACCCUGGUCUCGGCCAUCCUCUGCGUCUCCCUGUUGGGCAACAGCCUGGUGCUGAUGGUGUUCCAGAGCAGACCCCAGCUGCUGCAUGUGGCCAACCGCUUCAUCUUCAACCUGCUGCUGGCGGACCUGCUACAGACGGUGGUGGUGAUGCCUCUGGUGAUCGCAGGCAGUGUGCCGGGGAUCCAGCCACUCAACAGGGGUCUCUGCAAGGCCUUGGUGGUCUUAAUGCAUCUCUUUGCAUUUGCUGGUGUCAAUACCAUUGUGGUGGUCUCCAUUGACAGGUACCUGGCUAUCAUCCACCCCCUCUCCUAUCCCAUGCGGAUGACUCCCAGGACAGGCAGCAACCUGAUUGCUUUUAGUUGGUUGCUGGGAGCUGCCCAGAGUACCCCGCCCCUCUACGGCUGGGGACAGGUGGCUUUUGAUGGCCGCACCUUCUGCAGCCUUGUUUGGUCCUCCAGCCCGUCCUACUCCCUGCUGACCAUGCUGCUCACCUUCUGGCUGCCUGCCUGCAUCAUGCUGGGCUGCUACUGGAUGGUGUUCCGAGCAGCUCGGCGACAGAACGCCCUGGUCCACCCAACUCAUCCCAACACCCUGCCAAGGGGCUGGUCCGUCUCCAGCACGGGGGCCAGGGCUCGGACACGCCGCUCCCACUGCAAAGCUGCAAGGGUUGUGUGUGUCAUUGUGUCCUCCUACCUCCUCAGCAUGGGACCCUACAGCAUCCUGGGCACCAUGUCCAUCAGCAGAGCCCCCACUGCACCUCCUUGGCUCAGCACCACUGCUCUGAUCCUCUUCUACUGCCAGUGCUCUGUCCAUCCCUACAUCUAUGGGUACCUGCACAGGAGCAUCAGGAGGGAGUUCCUGCUCCUGCUCAGUGGCUCCUGCUGCAGGACACCACACCCCAGGGACUCACCACCCAACAGCUACUUCACCGUGGGAGACAGCAGGCUGUUCCACUCUCACUGCACCUCAGGUGCUCCUCGAGCCUGUGCCCCCAGAUCCUGGGCAGAGGAGCCCAUCACUGCACUAACAGCCAUGGACAUCAGUGGUCCUCAAAGCCCCAGGGGCUGCCGCAGGGAGACUGUCUCAACCAGCUGCAGCUCAGAAAACGAGCUUCACCUCCUACCCAGCCAGGCGACUGACAGGGGAAUGAACUGA